AGUUCUUAUUUUUAAGAGAUUAACCAUCUCUCAUUCGAGAUUCUCUUGCUCACAAAAAAAUGAAAAAAUCUUCUCAAGAAGUGAUUAAGUCACUUUCCCCAAAGAUUACACACUACGCACAGCUUCGUCAUUCUCAUUUCUCGGAGAAUCCUCUCUUUGCUUAAGCUUUUCCAUGGAAGCUCUCUCGUGAACAUUUGUUGCUCUCAUUCGCAUAAUUUGCCGUUUGGUCCCCGAUCGCCCAAGCACAAUCGCAUCAAUCGUAUGUUUGGUCCUCAAUCGCAUCAAUUGGUUUUGUCGAGCUCUCACGAGUCACGCCCUAGGUCAACAUUUAUUCAAAGCUUAAGCUCUCUCUAUCGGAGAAUCAGGUCAGGUCCUUUGUUUGAUCAGAGACAAACGAGAGUAUCCCAGAAAAGGAGAAGAAGCCGGCCGGUCAAAAUCAACUCUAUUCCAAUAUGCAUCCAAUUGGAAACUUCAAAGAUUGCGAUUUCUACGUCUCAGAUGCAGAAGACAGAUCUGGAAUUGCUUUUCGUAUUGCAUACAAAACGGCCAAGCAGUCUAAGAAUAACAAGGAGUUAUGUGCUUCUUGGGGAUCUAUGAUGUGCGCUAUGUCUGCCGGACGACUUAGAGUGCCGGUGGAUCUUGCAUUGAAUAGAAUAGGCCUUAUACCUCGUGAGGUGAAGUUACCAUCGGAGGCUGAAAAAUUCAACAUAAAUGUCACUGAUGUUCCUGAGAUGGACUGGCCAUCCAUCCUUGUCACAUUUGGUUGUUGCAUCCUCUUCCUUUUUCAGAAUAAAAGUUUUCAGAACGAGACACUUUACAUGAUCUACAUGUGCGACCAUAUUCGUGAACUGCAGAAGACAGUUGGAUAUGACCCGGCGAGUGCGAAUCUAGGGGAAUUAGAUUUCCCACCCCCUGUUUUAGAAUUGCCACCCUAGCCUUUUUAAAAAAAUGUCGGGACUACCCUCCGGGACUUAAACCUCCAUACCAGUCCAGAGGUUGAUGUUCUGGACUAGUCCGAGAGUUAAAAGUUCGGAUUCUUUAGUUACAGUUAAAAUAACAUGAUCGGUGUCGUGGCCGUCUUGGAGGACUUGCCUAGCGAAUUGUUGGGUUGAAAUGUUUGGUUUGUAAUUGUGGUGGUGGUUGAGAUUGUAAUUGAUGAAUAUGCCUUUUGGUUUGGUUUUAACUUACUGCAUUCUGCUGCUUGGUAA